AUGGAGACGUCUUCUCGUGGUCCAGCUGGUGGAGGUCUGUGGAACUGUCCUAGAGGGACCCAGUACAGCAAGGAGACUCAGGAGAUGCUGAAAUGUGGGGGUUUGUUCUCUCUCUGUGUGUGUGUGUGUGAGUUUGUAGACUUUAGAUCCAUACCAGUGGAGGCUACUGAGGGGAGGACGGCUCAUAAUGAUGGCUGAAACGGAGCAAAUGGAAUGGCAUCAAACACCUGGAAACCAUAUGUUUGAUAUCAUUCCACUGAUUCUGCUCCAGCCAUUACCACGAGCCGUCCUCCCCAAUUAAGGUGUCACCAACCUUCUGUGAUCCACACAAAUACAAUAGGCCAUCUUGUGCACUGGUUUUACAGUGAUGAUGCAAGAGUCGAGACUCACCAACUUCCAGCAAAGACAGAUCAAUGACAAACUAAAGAGUGAGUGUCACAUGUUUGUUAUACAUCUUCUCUUGAAAAGUAAUGCUGACUUACUGCUUGAACUUCCUCCACAGCUGUUGCUCCAUUAUGAGUCCUAACAUUCAUUUUCAAGUAUUAUGAAACAUUUUGCCAAACAAAGGUAAGAUAAUGUUGUGAUGUUUUUUGUUUUUUUUUGUCUGCAUUUUCAACAGAGGGAGCAGCUUUGCCAUUGACCUGUAACCCCACAUCAUCGGCUCUUCCCUCACUGCCCAAACCCAAAGUCGUAAAAAAUAGCACGACCCGCACUCCAGCCAAGCCCCUGAGGCGCUCCGCUGACAAUUGUAGUUCUGGGGACAACUACACCAGAGAAAGGUUCCGCCCCAGUGCCACACGUAUGUGUUCUGCUUCAGCUCUACCACCUUUGAACUGUCCGAGAUGCUUGGUAUUCUAUUGAUAGAGGCCCUCCUCUUCUGAUAUCAGAACUAGUUCACUGAUAGUAGGUCAGGGACACCUGGGAACAAAUGUACCACCACGCUCUAUUCUUGUAAAAAAAGAAAAUGUAAUUUAGGCCUAUGUGUAUGAGCCUUCUUUUACAGUAGUUUCCCUCUCAAUUUCUUUCUUUCUCUCACUCUCCUCUCUCUUCUGAUUCAGAGGGGUUGGGUUAAAUGCGGAAGACACAUUUCAGUUGAAUGCACUCAGUUGUACAACUGACUAGGUAUCCCCCUUUCCCUUUCCUUCUAUGAGAGAUCUGGAUAAGAAGAGGUGUAUGUGCAUUCAUUCUCUCCCUCACCUUUUCUCCUGUAAGGAGAUUUAGAGAAGGAGAAGAGGAGGCUCCAGAACAUUCUAGCUACGGGGCAGGAGGAGCCCAGACCCAGUCCCAGGAACAUUUCCCUGGACCAGGGCCCAGAGGAGGAGAGGGACCGCUUCCAGGAGGGUGAGGUUUACCACAGAGAGGGAGAGAGUUACUGCUUUCUGACCAUGGGCAAACAUGUUGUCCACAUCUCUGGCUCUCCUACAUGUUUUCUAUAUAUCUUUCCUCCUCACAUACAUCACUUUCCCCUAAUUUCAAUUCAGUUCCAUAUGACUCUACUAAAUUACUAAAGUAAUUUACCCCAACCUACUGUAACCCCAUUCCAACACAGCGUUUGAUCAAAGAGUUUCUCCUUGGUUUGAUGUACGGUCUUUGCAAGUUUUCAAAGGGUUGUGUUCCUUUCCUAGUUUUGGGUGAGAUUGAGGAGAGGAGGGGGUUUCUGGAGGAGAUGACGGCCCUGGGGAAAGGGAAGCAGUACCACAACAUCAUCAACACAGAGAUCUCACAGGUAAGUUGUCUCAUAUACCUCAUGUCACAGGAAUGUCUUUAAGGAAAAUAAUCUACACCCAACAACAAAAGUAUUUACAUUGUACUGUUUCGAUGACGAUACAGAUUCAUUGGUGAACACAAUGUGGAAUAACACACAUACAGUACCAGUCAAAAGUUUGGACACACCUACUCAUUCCAGGGUUUUUCUUUAUUUUUACUAUUUUCUACAUUGUAGAAUAAUAGUGAAGACAUCAAAACUAUGAAAUAACACAUAUGGAAUCAUGGAUAACCAAAAAAAAGUGUUAAACAAAUCAAAAUAUAUUUUAUAUUUGAGAUUCUUCAAAGUAGCCACCCUUUGCCUUGAUGACAGCUUUGCACACUCUUGGCAUUCUCUCAACCAGAUUCAACAGUCUUGAAGGAGUUCCCACAUAUGCUGAGCACUUGUUGGCUGCUUUUCCUUCACUCUGCGGUCCAACUCAUCCCAAACCAUCUCAAUUGGGUUGAGGUCGGGUGAUUGUGGAGGCCAGGUCAUCUGAUGCAGCACUCCAUCACUCUCCUUCUUGGUCAAAUAGCCCUUACACAGCCUGGAGGUGUGUUUUGGGUCAUUGUCCUGUUGAAAAACAAAUGAUAGUCCCACUAAGCGCAAACCAGAUGGGAUGGCGUAUCGCUGCAGAAUGCUGUGGUAGCCAUGCUGGUUAAGUGUGCCUUGAAUUCUAAAUAAAUCACAGACAGUGUCACCAGCAAAGCACCCCCACCCUAUCACACCUCCUCCUCCAUACUUCACGGUGGGAACCACACAUGCGGAGAUCAUCCGUUCACCUACUCUGCGUCUCACAAAGACACAGCGGUUGGAACCAAGAAUCUCACAUUUGGACUCAUCAGACCAAAGGACAGAUUUCCACCGGUCUAAUGUCCAUUGCUCGUGUUUCUUGGCCCAAGCAAGUCUCUUAUUAUUAUUAUUGAUGUCCUUUAGUAGUGGUUUCUUUGCAGCAAUUCAACCAUGAAGGCCUGAUUCACGCAGUCUCCUCUGAACAGUUGAUGUUGAGAUGUGUCUGUUACCUGAACUCUGUGAAGCAUUUAUUUGGGCUGCAAUUUCUGAGGCUGGUAACUCUAAUGAACUUAUCCUCUGCAGCAGAGGUAACUCUGGGUCUUCCUUUCCUGUGGCGGUCCUCAUGAGGGCCAGUUUCAUCAUAGCGCUUGAUGGUUUUUGCGACUGCACUUGAAAAAACUUUCAAAGUUCUUGAAAUGUUCCGUAUUGACUGACCUACAUGUCUUAAAGUAAUGAUGGACUGUCGUUUCUCUUUGCUUAUUUGAGAUGUUCUUGCCAUAAUAUGUACUUGGUCUUUUACCAAAUAGGGCUAUCUUCUGUAUACCACCCCUACCUUGUCACAACACAACUGAUUGGCUCAAACGCAUUAAGAAGGAAAUUAAUUAACUUUGAACAAGGCACACCUGUUAAUUGAAAUGCAUUCCAGGUGACUACCUCAUGAAGCUGGUUGAGAGAAUGCCAAGAUGUGCAAAGCUGUCAUCAAGGCAAAGGGUGGCUACUUUGAAGAAUCUCAAAUAUAAAAUAUAUAAUUUAUUUAACACUUUUUUGGUUACUACAUGAUUCCAUAUGUGUUAUUUCAUAGUUUUGAUGUCAUCACUAUUAUUCUACAAUGUAGAAAAUAGUAAAAAUAAAGAAAAACCCUGGAAUGAGUAGGUGUUCUAAAACUUUUGACUGGUACUAUAGGUACAUUCUCUCUCUCUUACACAUUUUUUACGGUUAUUUGUGUCUCCUCACCUUCCAGAAAAUCCAUGAGCUGGAGGUGAUUGACAAGGCCCGCAGUGCAGAGCUGAGGACCAUGAUGCCAGAGAAGAAGACUGAGUGACAGAAAGGAAUACUCAUCUACCCCAACUCUGCUGAAUGGAUCUACUCUACUGCUAAUACUGCUACAGAAAAUACACUACUGCACAGGAAUUCUGAACUCAAACUUGGAUACUAGUCUUAAUUUCAGCAUAAUGCGUGUUCAAAUGAUGGCAUGGUAUCAUAAAUGUUGCUGGGAAGACACCAAUGCAUCCUUAUCAAACUGAAAAAUCAUUGUAGUGUACAUUCAAACAUGACCAAACAGACAUCUU